AUGUUCUCGUACUGGCCGACGGCCCUCCAGAAGACGGCCAACGCCGACACGGAGCGCCGCCUCGUCUCGAAGGACCGGCGCGAAGAGCGGGCCUUUGGCUUCAUCCGCGAGAGCUACCGCGCGUGGCGGCUCACAGGCAUGGAGGCGCGCAAGGUCGUCACCGUUGCGACGGCGCCCGAGCCCAUGAAGGCCGACGCGCCGACCAACGACGACCUU